UACCUCCGACAUACCAAACAUAAAAAAUAAGCAUCGAGUGUCUUCACACUAGCAGAUGAACUUCCGCAUCUACUCGAACUGUAACCAAUUAUCAUGCACACUUAAUAAAUCACUUCAACACUCAUCAUCACCAAACCUAAUUCCAAAAUUAAUCUACCUAAACUUUCAUUUAUCGACGCUAUUUAAGUGCAAAUUUUGGGAAAAGCUUCACCAAAAUUGAACAUUUCUCGCAAAUUACUACCAUAAUUACGAGCAAUUUCUCGAUCAUUUCAGUAAAAUGGCGGUCUCGGAAGUUCCGGAUCAGAAUUCCAUGCUUCCGACGAAGAAGAAGCAGCUUUCUGACGACGAUAAAAGGAAAAAGAAUCUUGUACCAGGAGGAUUGUUGAAAGCUGAGAUUAGACCUGGUGGAGGAGAUUCUAGACCGUCCGAUGGUGAUCAGAUAAUCUACCAUUGCACUGUUCGUACAUUGGAAGGAGUUGUUGUCCGGUCCACCAAAAAGGAAUUUGGAGGUAAGGGAACUCCUGCAAGGCAAAUUUUGGGUAAAAGCAAGCUACUACUGGGGUUGCUGGAAGGAAUUCCUACAAUGCAGAAGGGUGAAAUUUCCAUGUUCAAGAUUAAAUCUGAAAUGCAUUAUGGCGAGCCUGAUUGUCCAGUUCCAGUGACAGACGAUUUUCCAAAAGAUGCUGAUCUCCACUUUGAGAUUGAGCUCAUUGAUUUUGGCAAAGCAAAGGUCAUUUCUGAUGAUCUGGGAGUUGUGAAAAAGAUAAUCAAUGAAGGACAAGGUUGGGAGUCGCCAAGGGCUCCUUAUGAAGUAAAAGCUUGGAUAUCUGCGAAAACCAAUGAUGGCAGGUUGCUGUGGAGUCAUACUGAGGGAGAACCAUUUUUCUUUACUUUUGGAAAGUCAGAGCUGCCUGAAGGGUUUGAGAUGGGCGUAGGAACAAUGUCAAGGGGAGAGAAAGCCAUGAUCUAUGUGAAAAGUCAAUACUUGACUGAAUGUUCGGUCCUUCCUCAAAUAACAGGUCUGGAAGAAGUUCAUUUUGAAGUGGAGCUUGUUCACUUUGUCCAGGUUCGCGAUGUGCUUGGUGAUGGGCGCCUCAUUAAAAGGCGAAUUCUUGAUGGACGAGGUGAAUUUCCCAUGGACUGCCCACUUCAAGACAGUCAACUAUGUGUCCACUACAAGGGCAUGCUUCUGGAUGACAAGAAGACAGUCUUCUAUGAUACAAGAGUUGAUAAUGAUGGUCAGCCUCUAGAGUUCUGUUCUGGUGAAGGGCUUGUACCGGAGGGCUUUGAAAUGUCUGUUCGACUAAUGCUCCCCGGGGAAGUAGCUCUUGUCUCUUGUCCACCUGAUUAUGCAUAUGACAAGUUUCCAAGGCCAGCUAAUGUUCCUGAAGGGGCAUAUGUAGAGUGGGAAAUUGAGCUGCUUGGUUUUGAGAUGCCAAAGGAUUGGACUGGUUUAAGUUUCAGGAGUAUUAUGGCCGAAGCUGAGAGCAUUAGAUGCACGGGUAACAGGCUUUUCAAGGAAGGAAAGUACGCAUUGGCAAAAGCCAAGUAUGAGAAGGUGCUUCGGGACUUUAAUCAUGUUAAUCCUCAGGAUGACGAAGAAGGAAAAGAAUUUUCGAAUACAAGAAAUAUGUUACACUUAAAUGUUGCUGCCUGCUACCUGAAAUUGGGGGAGUGCAGAAAGUCCAUUGAAAUAUGCGACAAGGUAUUAGAUGCCAACCCUGUUCAUGUCAAAGCUUUGUAUCGCCGUGGAAUGGCCUAUAUGGAACUUGGAGACUUUCAGGAUGCCAAAAAUGAUUUCGAAAAGAUGAUGAAAUUUGACAAAUCAUCUAAACCUGAUGCUAAAGCAGCCUUACAAAAAUUGAAGCAAACGCAACAGGAAGUUGCAAGGAAAGCUAAGAAGCAAUUUGGAGGAUUAUUUGACAAAAGACCAGGUGAGAUUGCAGAAAUCAGCACCGAAAGAACAGAGGAAGUGACCAACGGACAUAAUGUUGAGAACAGUGAUCAUGAAGAUUCAAGUAAAGAUCAUGAAGAUUCAAGUAAAACAAGAGCGGAGGAAAUACUUGUAGCACCUAAGAGGCGUCUUAGGUUGCACUUAAUUAUUGCUUUAAUCUCUAUGAUAUUUAUAGGUUUUGUCAUAUUGUUUCUCAUCUAUGGCGGAGAGCUGCUCGGAAUUGAACCAGAUGCAAUGCCAUUGCAUGAAGAAACUGAUGAACUGUAGAUGAUGUUAGGCAGGGGCUUCAAAAAUUCUGAGCUAUAAUAGGAUUGCUUUAGGCUAUUGUGGAUCCAUAUGGAUUUUGGAGUGAACUUGUGAAUAUCAAUGUGAGAAAAAUGCAUUACAGCCAUAACGGAAUUUCCUUUGGAGUGUUCUCAGAUAAAUUUAAUUCUUCUGUUUGUUGA